GAUGACAAGAGUCGUCUACAUCUACUACAUAUGCAAAUUGAUCGAGCUAUUGGAUACGGUAUUUUUUGUUCUUAGAAAAAAAGACAAACAAAUAUCGUUCUUACACGUUUAUCAUCAUUCUAUCAUGCCUUGUGCCAGUUGGAUUGGUGUUAGAUGGUUACCUGGUGGUCAUGGAACAUUUCUUGGUCUUAUCAAUUCGUUUAUACAUAUUAUUAUGUACAGUUAUUAUUUGUUAUCAACGUUUGGCCCAAGAAUUCAGCCAUACCUUUGGUGGAAAAAAUAUCUAACGAGUAUGCAAUUAUUGCAGUUCAUAAUAGUUGGUUUUCACGGAAGUCUAGCAAUAUUUAACAACUGUAAUUUUCCAAAAAUUCCUAAUGGCUUAAUGAUAAUUAACGCCAUCGUUUUUAUUUAUCUGUUUGGUUCGUUUUACGUUCAAACAUAUAACACAUCGUUGAAAGUUGAAAAAAAAAGUGAAUUGAAUAAAACCGAUAAUACGAUAGAAAAUAAAUUCGAUUGAGUUAUCAAU